GUCUGGGGCUGAGGGUGGAGGGACGGCAUUGACCAUCCUGAUUUCUUUCUGCGGACUUCAGAGCCUGGCUUUUAGUAAGGGAGAGGAGCUGCUUUCUGGACAGGUUCAGACCGCUGACUUCAGUUCUCUGGUUCUUUGUGAGAGAGGAAGAUGGAGGCAGAUUUGUCCAGUUUCAAUAUUGACACCCCUCGAUGGGACCAGGGCACCUUCAUGGGUCGAUUGAAGCAUUUCUUCAACAUCACGGACCCUCGUACAGCUCUCGUUUCGGAGCAGACGCUGGACUGGGCCAAGAUAAUGGUUGAAAGUAGCCGGCAUGGUGCUGUGCCCCCAGGCACAAGCCAGGAGCAGCUGCUGUAUGCCAAGAAGCUAUAUGACUCAGCCUUCCACCCCGAUACUGGGGAAAAGAUGAAUGUGAUUGGGCGGAUGUCAUUCCAGGUGCCAGGAGGCAUGGCCAUCACAGGCUGUAUGCUCCAGUUCUACAGAACAAUGCCCGCAGUGGUUUUCUGGCAGUGGGUGAACCAGUCCUUCAAUGCCUUGGUCAACUACACCAACCGGAACGCAGCCAGCCCCAUUUCAGUCAGGCAGAUGGUUGUAUCCUACUUCACAGCGACCACUGCAGCCUUGGCUACUGCCCUGGGGCUUAACAUGUACACCAAGAAAGCCCCACCUUUGGUAGCUCGAUGGGUACCCUUUGCUGCGGUUGCUGCUGCUAAUUGUGUGAACAUCCCUAUGAUGAGACAACAGGAGCUCAUCCAUGGCAUCACUGUGACUGACAGGAAUUCUCAGGAGUUGGGUCGAUCACGGAAAGCUGCAGCCAUUGGCAUCUCCCAGGUGGUCAUUUCCCGAAUUACGAUGGCAGCUCCUGGGAUGAUCUUGCUGCCAAUUCUCAUGGAAAGGCUGGAGAAGUUGGCUUUUAUGAAGAAAAUUCAGUUCCUGCAUGCCCCAUUGCAGGUGAUGCUGGCAGGGGGCUUCCUCGUCUUCAUGGUACCUGUGGCCUGUGCCAUCUUUCCACAGAGAUGUGAGAUGGCAGUCUCACGCCUGGAACCCGAACUCCGAGAUUCCCUCAAAGCUAAGCAUGGAGACCUCAUCUCUUUCGUCUACUUCAACAAAGGACUCUGAAGUUCCACCUCUUCAUCUCUUGGCUUCCCCUGGACCUCAGAAUUUCCUUACUCCCUUCUCACUUCCCAACAUAGUUUAAAAGCUAGGCUGAAUUGGGGGGUGGGGUGGAUUAGAUGCUAUCUAUGCUCAAGCCCUGCUGCUCUUCCCAGCAGGCUGCUGCCAGAGAAAGAGGGUGAAAUAGUGAGGGGACAGAUGCUCAAACUGAGUGACCAACUUUGAGGGCUCUGUUCCUCCAGAUCCCUCCCCAGUUUUCAUUCCUGUCACUCAGGCACACCAUCAGCCUUUAUACCCAGGAGCUCUAGUCCAUAGUGGAGAAAGAAUCUUCUGAGAUCUGGUAAAGGAGAUUAAGGGAGUUCCCUGAGGCUAUUUUCAAGAUAAUGGGGGCUGGUACUUUAGAAUUCCUGAUCACAGUCUGAUCAAAGACAUUUACUUGACUAACCUGGGCAGUGAAGAAAUCUCCAGACUAAUCCUUUCUAGUUCUAACCUCAGAAAACUUGGGACCUUUUCCCCACCUCUGACCCUUAAUAGCUGGAUGACCCUAAAAGAGUCAUUUAACUAAUGGUGUCAGUUUAAUGAAGUUAAUAAUAAAGUAUCUACCUCACAGGAUUGUGAGGAUCAAAUGAGAGAAGAUUUAUCAAAGUGCUUAGAAAGUCUUAAAGCAUUUUAUAAAUGUCAGAUUAGUAUUACUCUUUUUAUUCCUAUUAUGGUGGCCACUUUGUCUUAAAUCUGUAGGGAUUGGUUUGACAAAAUCCCUUGCAGAUCUCUGAUUGCCAAAUCCUUGCUUGCUGAAAUCCCCCAGGGAUGCAGAUGUUGAGGUUAGGUUUCCCAUGUCCAGGGGUGCCUGAGGCCAGUGGUCAAUAGACAGGCUGAUUGUUUAGACCUUAACUAUGAACAAUCUCUUGGGCAUUUUUAUUGCUAUUUGAGGUGGAAACUCAUCUGAUUAUUAUUAUUUUUUAAAAUAAAACUUAUUGGCUGUGAAUGAAAGUUCUUCCCCAAAACCAGUCUAUUUGGGUAGGUCUCAACUGAAACUUCUGGGCAGAAAUGCAUUGAUGUGACAUUCUAAGUCCUAUCCCUCCCUGGCUUCUGCUAAGAAAAUGGUGCUGAGUAGGA